AUGGUCACCAACGCCAUUGUCAUAGCUGCAGUCGCAGAAGAAUCUGGAAACCAACACCGAGGACGCGGUUCUCAUCCGAGUCGUGCACCAAAUGAGGAACGACUUAGAGAAGAAAGUGGCAAAGAUGCUACCGGCAAAGUCGGACUGCUUCCAAAGCAGAAGAUGACAGCUGCCUUGCGAAUGCUUGCUUACGGUGCAAGGGCAGAUCAAUGUGCUGAGUAUUGUCGGAUGGCGAAAUCUACAUCCGUCGCAGCCCUGCAGCACUUUACACGAGGAAUUGUUGAUAUUUACUCAGCAGAAUACCUCCGCGCUCCUACUGCUGCCGACCUCAGACGACUUCUUGCCAAAGCUGAGAGGAGAGGUUUUCCAGGAAUGAUUGGGAGCAUCGAUUGUAUGCAUUGGCAAUGGAGGAAUUGUCCGACAGGUUGGGCUGGAGAAUAUAGUGGUAGGAAACAGAUCCCCACUAUCAUCCUGGAAGCAGUCGCAUCUUACGACACCUAG